AUGCUGGGCAAGAAAUCAGGGUUCGUCAAGAGAUUGGCCAACAAGAUUAAGGUUAGAGGCUGCAUUGGCCAUAGUUCUGAGCCAUUGCGUUACGAGUGUUUGUUAAGUAGUGAUCAUAACGACAACAAGAAAUCAAGCGCAAGCACCCCGAGAGGAUGUAUUGCGCUGUAUGUUGGAGAGGAGCGACUAAGGUUUGUGGUUCAGGCAUCCCAUCUUUCUCACCCUCUUUUUCAGUUGUUACUAGAGAAGACAGCUGAAGAAUUCGGUUUCGAACAAAAAGAUAAGCUGCUGGUACCAUGUAGUGUUGAUGUUUUCCAAGAGAUUGUUAGUGUUGUGGAAUGCAACAAUGCAAAGUUUGAUUUGAGAAGCUUUGCUGAAGAGAUCAAUAACAAUGCUAACUGA